AUGAGAAAUAAUUUGAUUGUGUUUAUUUGUAUAACCUUGUAUUUAAUAUCAUCCAUAACGUCUGUGUUUAUAAAUAAAUAUGUGUUAAUGGAAAAUAUUAUAGAUAGUGUUUUAUUAAUAUUUGUACAACAUAUAUCUUGUUUGAUGUUUAUGUUUUUUUUUAAAGAUAUAUUUUUUUUAAAAAAAAAAAGAAAUGAAAAAAAUAUUAAAGAAUAUAUUAUUUCUUUAUAUAAAGGAAUAAAAGAGUUAUGGCCAUUAAUUAUAACAUUUAAUUUUACAUUAGUUUUUGGAAAUAUAUGUUUAAAAUAUACAAACAUAUCUUUUUAUCAGCUAGCCAGAUCUAUGACCUUACCAUUCAAUUUUUUUUUUUCUUACUUUUUUUUUAAACAAAUUAAAUUUAAUCUUUUAAUGAUAAUAUCAUGUAUCAUAGUGUCCAUAGGAUUUUUCAUUUUUUCUCUCGACGCCGUAAAUACAAAUUAUAAUUCGGUAUUAUACGGUACCAUCGUUUCAAUUAUUCAGGCUAUACACCUUAAUUUGAUAAAGGAGAAAUUAAUUAUAUACAAAGAUAAAAUGCUCAUGUUAUAUUACAAUUUAAUAUAUUCUUCAAUUAUUUUAUUUAUAUAUUUGUUUAUAACAAGAGAUAUACUUGUCCUAGUGAAUUUGGAUAAGCGACUUACCUUCUAUCUUAUUUUAUCAUGUAUAUCCUCCAUAUUUGUUACCUUCUCUUCUUUUCUUUGCAUUCAUUAUACAGAUAAUGUUGUUUUUAAUAUGUUUGGUAAUGUAAAAUCUACUGUACAAACAUUUAUGAGUAAAUAUUAUAACUCAGAAAAUUUUAAUACACACACCAUGAUAGGAAUAAUAUUAACCACCUUGGGAUCGUGUAUAUAUACGUGUUCUAAUGAAUAUUCAAAGAAAAGCAAAAUCAAGAGCAAAUGA